CUCCGACAUGCCGAGCUAUCGCAAAGGAACAUGGGCCGAAGAGGAAGACAUGACAUUGCUGAGCAUCGUCAGCGCUUGCGAACCCUGCGACUGGAACCAGAUCUCGAACGUACUGGGUACCAGAACACCAAAACAAUGCGCCGAGCGAUAUCACCAGAACCUACGACCAGGACUCAACCAUGGCCCCCUGACAACCUACGAAUGCUUCCUGGUCGACAAGCUUGUCCGGGAGAAGGGAACAUGCUGGGCAUAUAUCGCCAAACAGCUUGUGAAUCGUAGCGAGAACAAGAUCAAGAAUUGGUAUUACAACAGACGCUUCAAAAGAUAUCGUGACCAACGACAAAGAGAAUCGCAUGUGAGAGCUUCCUCACCAUAUCUCAAGUUUGAGAGCUCUCAGCAACCAAGUACCAUGCUCCCAUAUCAAGAGGUCCCAGCGACGAGCGUUCGGCGGACAAAAUUUCUUCACACCAGUCCCUAUAUCACUCCGUACGUCCAGUACCAUCCUCCGCAGCCACAUACCCCACCCUCCAUCGUCGUCCCUUUACCAUACGACAUUCCCAAGAGCAGCGACCCCACGUUCGACACAACUGCUGUGACGACCACGAAUACACUGGAUCCGAAACAGGAACAGGCACGAGCUAGUCUUGCACUUCACUGGCAAAUGAACGCUUUCUCGACAGGAAGCUAGCCUGGCUUCCAGAACCAAGUCCUGACUUAUCAGACACCGCAAACUACUUAUUCGAGAUGGCAUGCUGUGACAUGAGGAAUGCGCAGAAGAGAGGGCUUAUGUCAGCGUCACACAAAUCUACGAAGACUCCAGCGGUACACCUUGUCCACCGUGUAUACACGGAAGAAGAUGGUCUGAGCUCCCAGGCUUGACGCUCCUCAAAUUACUAUAUCAGCUUCCCAGCUCAACAUAAUCCUCAUAAUUG